UUUCUCGUAUUCGUUCGCAUUGGCCAUGCCAUCCUAAGAGAAGAGGUGAUACUGAUGUGCAACACACGAUGUCAGUUAAGCAAUAGCUUUGAGACGAGUAACAAAUAACCACUGGUGUGUAUAACAUUUUUUUUCUUCGUUAAACUCUGCUCAUUUUUAUCUACGACAACAAGAGAAUCCAGUGUAAACGAUAUUGUUUUGAAUAAAAGUAAAGUGACAAGUAAAGCGAAUUUUAAUUUGGUGAUUUUUUUUUUUUUUUUUGUGCAUGAAAAAUACACAUUUUCUGUUUGGUCAACGACAAGAGAGAGAAACGGUGUGUUCAAGUUAUCGUUUAGAUUUAUAUCGGUACGUGUGCAUUUGGAUAACCUGAAUCAAGAAGAUAAGACGAGAACUCAUCAUCGACUCUCUGAUAAAAUUGUAUAUUUAGUCGAAAAAUUCGCGCAUCACUCAAACACAUACACAGAAUCAGUGUGACUUUCUAUCUUUCUCACCGUUGGAUUUUCGUAAUCCCAAAAAGCCCGCAAGUGGUGUGCGUGAUUUUAAAUAUCAGUGUUUGCUCUCUGUUCAACGUUCGAAAUAUACACAAAACAGCAAAUGCACUCAGCCCUGACUGAAUACAAAUCAGUCAUAAUGUGCGAACUAUUUACGACGGUGUGUGACAAUUGAGAUGAAUAUUCGUUCGUGAUCGCGAAUGAGAAAACAUAUUGAAAAUCUCUCUCUCGUUUACCGCGCUCUCGAAAUACUACUAUUAUUUUAAUAAUAAACGAUUUAGAUAUAUAUUAUUAUACAAGAUCAAAGCCAAUAAAUAAUUCAGUGUGAAAAUUGCGCGACGGCCAAGCACAUACACAAAAACGACAUCAAUGUUUCCAAUGUGCGACGCGAAUGUGAUCACACUUGCGAUAUGACAAUAUUAUCUUAAUCGACACCGAUCACUUUUCGAACGUAUAGUGAUUUUUUUUUACGCGAAGAAAAAACACAGACAUUUUGUGAUUAGAUUUAAAGAAAGAAAAAAAAGAAAGUGAAUUUCCGGGCCAAUAUUUGUGCAAGUUAAAUAAACUGUCUUGAACUGGACGAUUUGAAGAAGAAAAAAUAUACAAAAACAGACACAAUGGAUUUAUCUAGUUAUUUGCUGGUGAUUUUAGUGGCGAUUGUGUGUUCCACAUGCACAGCGCUUGACAAUAAACAGAAACAAGGCGGUCGCGGACGAGGCUCAAUGUGGUGGGGCAUUGCAAAAGUUGGCGAACCCAAUAAUAUAUCACCAUUAACAUCGAGCAUCGUGUACAUGGACCCAGCCAUCCAUACAACACUGCGGCGCAGACAACGGCGAUUGGUACGUGAAAAUCCGGGUGUGUUGGCGGCAUUAGUCAAAGGUGCCAACCUCGCCAUUUCAGAAUGUCAACACCAAUUUCGGAAUCGAAGAUGGAACUGUUCGACGAAAAAUUUUCUACGUGGCAAAAAUCUAUUUGGCAAAAUCGUUGAUCGAGGUUGUCGUGAAACGGCGUUCAUUUAUGCAAUAACAAGUGCGGCUGUUACGCAUUCGAUUGCCCGUGCUUGCAGCGAAGGUUCAAUUGAAUCGUGUACAUGUGACUACAGCCAUCAAUCGCGUUCGCCACAAAUGAAUAACAUGGGCACACCGACGGUUGGUGUUCGUGACUGGGAAUGGGGUGGUUGUUCCGAUAACAUUGGAUUUGGAUUUAAAUUCUCGCGCGAAUUUGUCGACACCGGUGAACGUGGUCGCACUCUUCGCGAGAAAAUGAAUUUGCACAACAAUGAAGCCGGCCGAAUUCAUGUUCAAAGUGAGAUGCGUCAGGAAUGUAAAUGCCAUGGUAUGUCAGGAUCAUGUACAGUGAAGACAUGCUGGAUGCGUUUGCCAAAUUUCCGAUUGGUUGGUGACAAUCUGAAAGAUCGAUUCGAUGGUGCAUCACGUGUUAUGAUCAGUAACGGUGCGAAUGGUGUCAGUGAAAAUGCCAUCCAACACAUCAACAGUAACAGUCUUCAGUCAAACAAUAUUGCAUCCAGCCCAAACAGUAUUUCAUCCAAUUCAAUUCGCCGUGAUCAUCAUAAACGGAAAAAUAAUAGAUAUCAUUUCCAAUUGAAACCAUACAAUCCGGAUCACAAAGCACCUGGUACCAAGGACCUGGUAUACUUAGAGCCAUCGCCUGGAUUUUGUACGAAAAAUGCACGAUUGGGCAUACAAGGAACCAGCGGUCGCCAGUGUAACGACACAUCAAUCGGUGUGGAUGGUUGUGAUCUAAUGUGUUGCGGCCGUGGCUAUCGAACGCAAGAGGUGAUUGUCGUCGAACGUUGCUCGUGCACAUUUCACUGGUGCUGCGAAGUCAAAUGUAAACUAUGCCGAACGAAAAAAACCAUUCAUACGUGCCUCUAAAACAAAAACAAUAUUGCUCGUAGGUGGAAUCAAAUUGCAUUAUUAGCAUCUAGUUAGUGUAGUUUUUGUCGUGUGUAAGCUAUAACAUAGGGUUUUUUUUUAGCAGCGACACGUGCAUUUUGCAAUGCCUCACUUGAAAUCAGUCUGAAUAGAGAAACAUUUAAGUUUUGCGAACGAAAAAAUUUUUAGUAAAACUUGCUUUUGUAUAGAAAACAAAAUUAUUCGAAGUGACAGUAUUAAACACCCAGUGCUUAUUUUUUUAUUUCUUGUGCGUUGAGCAAAAGGAGUAAAGUGAAUCGAUCGAACACACAUACACAUUCAUUCAUCUAGUUUAGAAUUGGGAACACGAAUAGCGGAAAUGACGAAGACUGAUUUUUGUACAUAGUUUUUAUUCCUCUUUUUUUCUUGUGCGUGUGGAUGUUUUUUGUAAAUUUUUUUACUACUCCAGUCCAAAAGUCAUGUGCGAUGUGCGAACAUCGUUGGCUUUUUUGUGGCGCAUAUGUGCCACUACUUAAAUUAGACAUACCCUUCUUGAUUCCGAAGAGAGAGAGACACACUCUCUUCUUUAUUUAAAGAGGAACAAACUCUUCUUGCCGUAGAGAAAGAGCCAACACAUUCAUUUUAUCAAUUGCAACACAAUCAGCUUAUCCAUUAAAUAAAAAAAAUAAUUAAAUUAUGUGUGUAUAUAUUAUAUGCUUGGAUUGUUCUAACUAAUACGAUAAGAGUAAGAAACACAAAAACUAUACGUAAUAUUUAAUUUAUAUGGAAUUUGUAGCGUUAGACUGGCUCUGAAUUCAGAGCAAAUGGCGACAAGCACGGAAAUCCAAGUGAAUCUUCGAAUAAAAAAAUGUCCAACUGCUUCAGAUAGAAACUGGAUGUUUUAGACACGCACGCUCAUCACAACACAUUCAUAUAGAUCAUAAGUGAAUCAAAACAAAAGCAAGAAGAAUUCAAAACGAAAGCAAGACGAAAAAAUUGUUCAUGAAAAAAAACGAAAACAAAAAUUGUUGAUAUUUGUACAUAAAACGAUGUUUAAGCUAAUUAAGAUUUAAGCCUAAGUAAAGUAAAAGAAAGAAGAAACAAAAUGUCUACUUCAGAUUCUUUUGAAGGUUCUCAUGUCAGCGCUUUUUCUGAUUUAAACUAAGCAUAAACAUAAUAAAUUGUAUUUAUCACUAAACCUUAAGAUGAACACAAAGUCUUAAUUUUGGAUGUGAACACGUGCAUUCAAACCUGUGUGACCUAAUGAAACUAAUGUAAAAAAAACGAAUCUAAUAAUCAAAAAUCGCAUAGUCUCUAUCUAAAACACAAAAAAUGUAACUUGGUAUAAUUUGUAUUGCUAGAUACCCAUCCCGAAUAAGUGUUUAAUUUAAAAUGCCUAAUUUAUGUCUAACGGAAUUCACAAACAAACAAAAAAACAUAUUUUCUUUUCAUACACAAUUCGAAUAAUAUUUUAUAUAUAUACGAAAUACAAAAGAUACAAAGUAAUUUUUUUUGCAGAGCAUUUAUGAUGAUGAAAAGAGAAGCAUGGAGAGAAUGAUAAAAGAAAAAAGUUUGUAAAAAUAAA